CCACACUUCAGUAAAGGGCCAUCCUCAAUCCAUGUCUUUGACUGCUCCCUGAAUUGCGCGUCAAGGCCAAGACGCGCACCAUGCCGACGACGAUAAAUUGCAGCGUUCUCGCCAACCCAAACCUUGGAUAAUUAUCUAGCCCCCCUCAACGAGGAUCGCGCUGGCGACGAUGCACAGUUGUCUAGCAUGUCCUCCAAAGAGCGCACAUCCGCCCCCUCCAGGGGUGAGACCAUAGUAGCAUCGCUUGUCUCGUCUGGCCACUCGCGCGAUCCCGCCAGAGACACUCACGGCGUUGAGUCACAAGAUGCAACGUCUGGGGAUCGCGGCGAUCGCCGGCACCGUCACCGCCGCCGUGACCAUAAAGGCAGUCGUGACGACAGCAGCCACAGAAAACGGGCAAAGCACAGCCAUAGCCAUAGCCACAGCCCGUCCCGCCACAGCCGCUCAGAUCGCCAGUCUCCUGGUCCGGCCACGAAACCAGGGGGCACCGUCGGAACUGCCAGCAGCUUGUAUAUCGUUGACCAGCGGGGCGACCCUUUGAUCCUGAAAUACGGGUCCAACGAGCGUUCCCGUGUGCCCGUCUACCGGAGACUCGGCCGUGGCAAGAUCCUGGGCUGCCGCCGGGGCUUCCUCGUGCUGGAUCGGGAUGGCAUCAACGAGGCCUUCACUGUCCGAACGUCUGGGGACGGCGGCUCUCUCCUCAGCCAGAAAUCAUCCAGCCUGCUGAAGCUUAUCACGGCCAAGGGAAAGCGGACUGUGCCACAUGCACCUGUCGCAACAGAUACCAAACGUACUGCGCCUGGUGACUUUAUGCCUCUUGGCGAUGCCCGGAAACGGAAUCGCGAAGUAGACGAUGGUGACUCUCCGAGCUCUGGAGACGAGGAUGCUCGCCCGUUCAGGCCCAUCGAUCUGUGGCAGCCCAGCAAAGCAGCAUCGGACGGCGGCAGUGUGUCGGACGACGACGUGGACAAUGGAGAGGAUAAUGACGAUACAAAGAAGCAACAUAUCAGCCUCUCUCGCCGUGUCAAGGAACAUCCGGAGGACGUAGACUCGUGGCUUCGCCUCAUCGAGCUCCAGGACGUAAGGCUACGUAUCGGCCAGGAUGGCCCGGAUAGCCGAGAUGCCAACGCGUCCCGUGGUGUAGCCGACGUCAAACUAUCAAUGUUCGAGUCGGCACUGGCUCACGCGAAAUCAGAAGCAGACCAGGAGCGGCUUCUGCUAGGGCUCAUGCGUGAGGGAUCACGCGUUUGGAGCCCUAAAACCCAGGCAGCCCGCUGGAUCGCAACGACAGAGAAGCACCCGGAAAGCUUCAGGCUGUGGAGGGCUCACCUCAACCACACCAUGACUGAUGUGGCGUCCUUUAAAUUCGAAACUAGCAAAGCAUUCUUUGUGAAGCGGAUGAAAUGGCUCAAGGGGAGGCUGGAAGAGCGCAUAGCUUCUCCCGAGAGGGAUGUGGCCGACCUUGUGGAUCAGCUCGUAUACGUUCUCCUGCGUGCGACCCGGUUUCUUCAAGAUGCCGGUUUCGGCGAAGUAGCACUCGCAACGUGGCAGGCCAUGCUAGAGUUGACUUUCUGUCGCCCUCCAGAGCUGGCGGACGCCAAGUCGGACGCUUGCAUCUCCUCCUUUGGACUUUUCUGGGAGGGAGAAACGGCGCGGUUCGGAGAGGAGGGCUCUCGCGGAUGGCGCCAGGCGAGCGAGGAGGAUGAUGUCCCGGAACCCAAACACCCUGCGCCUCCCGUGGCCCCGACAUCACGCGAUGCCUAUAAGGAGUGGGCGGCGCAGGAGCGUCGCAAAUCAGCCCAGAGCGCGGUGCCUGCCCGCGCCAUGGACUCGGGGGCGGACGAUGACCCGUUCAGAGUCGUCUUGAUCUCCGACAUGGAGGACCUGCUGUUUGCAGCUCCGUCGUCGGUGCUUUUGUACACCAAGAGGCGCCUGGCCGCCGCCCUGGCGCAGUUCUGCCGUCUCCCACCGCCGCUUGGGCCCGACGGUCUGCCUUACUCUGCUCUUGACGACCCGUUCCUCGCCGGUGACGAAGCGCAGCUCGAGGAGGAGAUAGGCAAACAGAGCACGGAGAGCAAAAUGCAACAACUACAGUCAGACGAGCAUUCCGCGCUUUCGGAGAAGCUGCCUCGAUUCCGGCAGGACCAGCCACGGAUGGCGUCCUCAGUGGAUGUCUAUUUCUCAGGGCCGGACUGGUUCAGGUACUUCCCUCUGGAGCCGGGCGCGCCUGAGCUACAAACAACGGAAGGACGUCUCUACUGGGCUUUGAAUUCAGUCAAACAGCUCGUGCUGCAGUGUGGGUUUGAGGAUCUUGCCGAGUAUCAUCUUGCCCUGCAGUGGCUGCGAGAUGCGCAGGGCGUGAGGAAGAUGGCCAAGGCUCUCCUCAAAAGCCACUACCCUAACAACGCAAGGCUCUACACGGCCUACGCGGCCGCGGAAAGCGCCGAUGGAAACAAUGAGUUGGCUUGCAAAGUACUGGUAUCAGCGGCCGGCCAGAAAAUAAGCCCCGAAGUGUCGGAGACGCAAUGCCUUUGGAACGCCGCGGCGUGGAUAGCACUGGCGAGCUUGGACAAACCAAAGGCUACUGCUUUCCUCUGCAGCUCAAUCAGCGACGGGAGCCAGUCACCGGAUGCGGCUCUUACGCCUGCAGCGCUGCUCAGGAUGCGGCAGACAUUCCAGUCCGGCCGCGACUACCGGCUCUCAUCUGGUGACGCCGAGGCUGCUGCGCAGUUUGCACAGUCAUUUGCCCUCCUCGAGUACCUAACAAACAGCGAAUGCGGCGAGCCCAGGUCGGAAAGCCAAGGUAACAUCUCGGCCGCGAUAUCCAGCAUCCUCGGGUUUUCCGGUGACUUGUGCACUCGCGGUGCCCUAGCCGUGUCGGCGACGCACGAGCGUCUCCUCCAGUUCGGGGCGAAACUCCUUUACUUUCACACCAAACAUGGACCAUAUAGGCCGGCGUUCCUGAGGGAGAAGCUGCACAGAUUCGUCGAGCUUUUCCCGCGCAACACUAUUUUCCUGUCCCUGUUCGACUGGGCAGAGCCGAGCCUCCGGAUCGACAGCCCCGUGCGCAAGCUGCUCCAAAAGACGGCGCUCGCCAGCCCGCACGACUGCGUCUCGACGCGCAUCUUUGCCAUCCGGCACGAGGUGCGGACGGGCAACGCCUACACGGCCCGGGCGGCGCUCGAGGCAGCCCUGGCGGGCGGCGGCGACGGUGGGCCCUGCGCGGGCGACGCGCGGCUUUGGGCGUCGUACCUGCGCCUCGUCGGGUCGCGGGCGGAGCUGCGGCGCAAGGCUAAGGGGAAGGAGGUGCUCUACCGGGCUAUGGCGGCAUGCCCGUGGUCCAAAGAGGUGCUGAUGGAGGCGUUCGCGCCGGGCCUGGUGGCGGACCUGGCGAGCGCCGAGCUGCGGGCCGUGUUCGACACCAUGGCUGGCCGCGGGCUGCGGGUCCACGUCGACCUGGAGGAGUUUGUGGAGCGGUGGCGGCAGGGCAGGAAGGGGGACGAGGGGCAGCAACAGGAGGAGCAACCGCGGCGACGGCAGCGCUAGAUUGCACCAAAAUCUGUCCAUGUAUAAUAAGGGCUAGUUUGGGUACAUGUAAAUGGGGCAGAGAGCACCCAAUGAGGCGCCGACGGUGCCCGCCCUCAAUGCCGGCCUGCUGCCCGUCAGCAUGCAUCGACCCGGGGUUGCAUGCAGGCAGCACUUGCGCCAUGUGGGGGGGUGUGUGUGGUUGGCUCUCCCGUCCAUCCAUGUCCCCUGCCCGCCCAAGAGGCACGUAGGGUCCCCAUGGUGAUCCCAGCCAAGCCUAGCCGACCCAGCUGCUCGGGUCGGCCAAGAGGGACGGGACGCAACCACCAUCGCGGUCUGGUUCGAUGCUACGAUGAAAAAAAAAAAAAGAAUGAAAAAAAGACGAUGCCGGGGAUUAUUCGAUUUCUAUAUGUUUUGGAUAAUGGAACCCAACUUGGAUCAUCCCGACGCCCAUCUUCAAAUCGGUUCAAGCCCCGCCACCGAUUGAAUCGAGCCUACCUGUACCCACCACCCCCUCCUUUCGCUUGUUCCCGCGAAUUAGUCAUACCCGUCCUCGAUACGUGCGUUCCGACAACGGGCCAAACGUCCAUGC